AGGACCUGACCUUAGUCCAUGCAGAUCAAUAGGCAAGAAGAAGAAGAGGAGAGCGGAUCAUUUCCAUUGGAACUACACUCUUCCUCCUUUUUGACUUUUCUGCUCGCCCCCAUGCUUUGCUCACUCUAACAGCAGGAGAGGAAGAAGAAGAAAAAAAGUGGAUAUUCCUGCUUCUUCUCGCUUUGCUUCCCUCUCUCACCUUCCACCCGAGCCGCCAUGCCGUUCUCCCAGCUGGGCUACCAGUACAUCCGGCCCAUGUACCCUCCGGAGCGCCAGGGGAUGGCCGGCAACGCCCGGGCCGCCGCAGCAGCCGCAGCCGCCGCGGAGCUGAGUCCGUCGGGCGCGCUCUCCAACGUGCUGUCGUCCAUGUACGGAGCCCCCUUCGCGGCGCCCGCUCAGGGCUAUGGAGCCUUCCUGCCUUAUUCCAACGACAUCUCCAUUUUUAACCAGCUGGGUGCCCAGUACGAACUGAAGGACAGUCCCGGGGUGCAGCACGCCGGCUUCGCCCACCACCACCCGGCUUUCUACCCGUACGGCCAGUACCAGUUCGGCGACCCCUCCAGGCCCAAGAACGCCACCCGGGAGAGCACCAGCACCCUGAAGGCCUGGCUCAGCGAGCACCGCAAGAACCCGUACCCCACCAAGGGCGAGAAGAUCAUGCUCGCCAUCAUCACCAAGAUGACCCUCACCCAGGUGUCCACCUGGUUCGCCAACGCCCGCAGGAGACUCAAAAAGGAGAACAAGAUGACGUGGGCGCCCCGGAACCGCACCGACGAGGAGGGCAACGUCUACCCCAGCGAUCACGAAGGCGAGGAGGGCGACAAGAGGGAGGACGAGGAGGAGAUCGACCUGGAGAACAUCGACACGGAGAAUAUCGAGAGCAGCAAGGACGACCUGGACGAGCAGGACGACCUGCAUUCGGAACUCAAACUGGACGCGAGGAGUGACUCUGAGGGUUCGGAGGGCUAUGAGGAUUUACCCGAGCAGAGGUUUCUCAAGGCGGUGCAGAGCAAAGAGCACCUCCACCAAAUCCACCACCACCACGGCUCCCCUUUGGAGCUCAAAGCGGACAAACUCAACUCGGUCUCCGUCAGCUCCCCACCCUCGGAGAACAACCAAGCCCCGGCCCAGAAACCAAAGAUCUGGUCUCUGGCCGAGACGGCCACGGCCCCGGACAACCCUCGCAAAUCCCCGCAGAUGAGCGGCGGCAACCCCGCGGCCUCUACGGCUCAGAGCCUCAUGGCCCCGCACAGACUCUCCCUGUCGUCGUGUCCCGUGGGGAAGAUCCAGACGUGGACGAACCGAGCCUUCUCGGCGCACCACCUGGCUCUGCUCAACUCCAACCACCACUACCUACAGGGACUGACCAACCAGGCCAGCGCCGCCUGCACCGGCCUGGCCCUGUACGGAGGCGGCAGGACAACAGAGGACAAGGGUGCCGGUGUGGACACGGCGGUCACAGGUACUGGCCCACGACACUGAGAACCCCCUCUCCAAAAAAGACUUUGAUUUUCUCUUUUACUCUCCCCUUUUUCUUUUGGAUUAUUUCCUCUGUAGGCCACACACAUGAAACAUUACGUGUGUGUGUGCGUGUGUGUGUGUGUGUGUGUGUGUGUGUGUGCGCGCGUGCAGACCAGAAAGCAUUUAAAAUAUGAAUAAUUAUAAUAAUAAUGUCCCUUAUUUCUAUUUUUUUCAUAUUUUCGUUCACCAUUCUCCACUUUUAUUACUAUUAUUGAUAGUAUUGUUUACAAGAGGCAACAGUCCAAUGCACUGACAGGCUCCACUAAUAAUAAUAAUAAUAACAGGAAGUAAAGGAUUAAGAGUUUAGUGCCUUUGGCUUGUUCAAAAACACAAUUUAAAAACAACAUUUUUUUUUAUUUCCAGCAGUGUGCACUCGUGUUUUUCCCCUCCAGAAAUCCACUUUUUUUUUUUUUUUGCAAAGGCAAUUGUCACUUUUUGCUGUGUUUUAGCUCUUCAUUUACUUUUUUAAAAUAUAGUUUUAUUCCCCCCAUCUGAAUAUGGAAUGUAAAAUAGAUAAUAAUACCAUCUGUGUACAGCUACAUUGUAAGCAUGUCCUUGUGUAAAAUUUGCUAAUGUAAUAAUGUAUGUGAGUAGUCUGUUUCUUUUUUUUCCCUUCUUCUUUCGUUUCAUUUUUAUUUGUGAGGAUUUGUUGAUGGGUUUUUUUGUAUAUAAAGUUAAGAAUAUGUACAUACUUGUGAACCAAAUUGUACAAGAAAAGUCUAUAUUUUUGGCUAAUAAUAAAUGAAUUGCUGCAACUUUAAGACGUUGCUUUGUUUUUGCAAUUGUU